CUCGACAGGAGCAUCCAUAUAAAACACAAUAACAUCCACAAUGCAGUCGGCAGAGGCAAUGGACAUCGACGAGCUGACGAGGAUCAAUAAGCCUCCGAAAGCCCAGCAUCAGGCAACAGCAGUUCGAUCAAUCGAGGGCUGGAUCAUCAUUGCCACAAACGUCCACGAAGAAGCUUCCGAAGAAGACGUCCGUGAUUUCUUUGCUGAAUUCGGCACGAUCCGAAAUCUGCAUCUCAACCUCGACCGUCGGACCGGUUACGUCAAGGGAUACGCCCUCAUCGAAUACGAACACGCCCUCGAAGCCGAGCAAGCAAUCAAAGGAUCCCGCGGCACCGAAUUCCUAGGCCAAGUCCUCGACGCAGACUUUGUCUUUGUGCGCCCGCCUCCAGAGAAGAUAUUGCGUGGCACCGGGCGAUCAGGUCGUAGCCGGAGUCCUACCUCGCGUCGGUAGACGAUCGAUGAUCACUAAAAGAAUCUUGUUGUUGUCGUUCAUGAGUUUUGUAUACUAGCUUCAUUCUACAUUUUUGCUGUUUAUCUAUCUGGAGUUGGGAAUACUUCUUUCUGUUUUCUUACAUUUGUUUUUGGGAAUUGUUGUAUCUGUAGAGGUCCUCAAUAGAAUGUUAUGUAUCACUCUAUACUACGCACCCUACAAUCCAGUAGAGAUACCAUCAUAGCUAUAGAAUAUGUAUAUUUAAAAAAACACUAUUUUAUCUCAACACAGAUCCAUAGACGGUAUAUCAACACCAUCUGUACCAG